AGUCCCGGCGGGACGCGACCCUCGCCCCCUGAGCCCCGAGGAGAGACCCGCGCUGGGGGGGAAGCCGGGGAGGCAAAUGGUGCCCAGGGCCGGUAUCACUAACAGCAACUGGAAAGGAAGUGGACGCUUUAAAAUUUGGUAUGGCCUCACAAGUCUUGGUCUAUCCACCAUAUGUUUAUCAAACCCAGUCAAGUGCCUUUUGUAGUGUGAAGAAACUCAAACUAGAACCAAGCAGUUGUGUGUACCACGAAAGAACCUACCCGCAAAUCUAUGUGAAUGGUAAAAACUUUGGAAUUUCUCCCCACAGGGUUAGUACUUUCUUUCAGACUAAAAACCCAUUUGAUAGACCUCGAGGACAGAGCUUUUGGUUGCAGUCAAAUGCCGUUGCUUUAAAAAAUACCGCAGGUGCUACAAAAGCGUUGGCAGCGUGGGCGCCGCAACCUCAACUGGAGGCCCCUGGGGCUGGGACGCGGGGAAGCCGGUCGGAUAUCCUGGAAGGAGCCCAGCGAUGUGGAUUGAAGCGUAAGAGCGAGGAGCUGGAUAACCAGAGCAGCACGAUGCAGAUCGUCGAUGAGCUGUCCAUGCUGCCUGCGAUGCUGCAGACCAGCGUGGGCAACCCGGUGACGGUGGUGACCACGGCCGCGGCUUCCAAGCAGAGCGGUACCGGCGGGGAUGGGGAUUACCAGCUGGUGCAGCACGAGGUGUUGUGCUCGGUGAAGAACACCUACGAGGUUCUCGAUUUCCUGGGACGAGGGACCUUUGGACAAGUGGUCAAGUGCUGGAAAAGGGGGACAAAUGAGAUUGUGGCAAUCAAAAUCUUGAAGAAUCAUCCUUCGUACGUGCGCCAAGGGCAAAUAGAAGUGAGCAUCUUAGCGAGACUAAGCACUGAAAAUGCCGAUGAAUUUAACUUUGUGAGAGCCUAUGAAUGCUUUCAGCAUCGUAACCAUACUUGUCUGGUUUUCGAGAUGUUGGAACAGAAUUUGUACGACUUCCUGAAGCAAAACAAAUUCAGCCCUCUGCAACUGAAAGUAAUAAGGCCUAUUCUGCAACAGGUGGCCACUGCACUGAAAAAACUAAAAAGUCUGGGUUUAAUCCAUGCUGACCUCAAACCAGAGAACAUUAUGUUGGUGGAUCCCAUUCGGCAGCCUUACCGGGUCAAAGUCAUAGACUUUGGGUCUGCCAGCCAUGUAUCAAAGACUAUUUGUUCAACUUAUUUACAAUCUCGGUAUUACAGAGCACCAGAGAUCAUACUGGGAUUGCCGUUUUGUGAAGCCAUAGACAUGUGGUCGUUAGGGUGUGUGAUUGCAGAGCUGUUCCUUGGAUGGCCACUGUACCCAGGAGCACUGGAAUAUGACCAGAUUCGUUACAUUUCACAGACUCAAGGUUUGCCAGGAGAGCAGUUGUUAAGCAUGGGAACGAAAACUUCAAGAUUUUUCUGUAGAGAAACGGAUGCACCAUAUUCUAGUUGGAGAUUAAAGACAUUGGAAGAACAUGAGGCAGAAACAGGUAUGAAGUCUAAAGAGGCCAGAAAGUAUAUUUUCAACAGUUUGGAUGAUAUAGUGCACGUGAACAUGGUGAUGGAUUUGGAAGGAAGUGACCUGUUGGCAGAGAAGGCAGAUAGGAGGGAGUUUGUCAGUCUGUUGAAGAAAAUGUUGCUUAUCGAUGCUGAUUUAAGAAUCACUCCAGCUGAGACCCUGAACCAUUCUUUUGUUACCAUGAAGCACCUCCUUGAUUUUCCUCAUAGCAACCAAGUGAAGUCCUGCUUUCAUAUCAUGGAUAUUUGCAAAUGCCGAUCAAACCUGUAUGACUUAAGCAAUUGCAAUAAAACAUCACUUAUGAGAUCAGUUGCCUCAGGCAGUGCAGCCAACCUGACUGCAAGCUUUACCAAAAUUGGUCCAGUAAGAAGUCAGGUAAAAACAAUGGCAUUGACUGCAUCUGCCCACUCAGUUGUACCCCAAGGGAUUCCACUGCAGGCGGGAACGGCUCAGUUUGGUUGCAGUGAUGUUUUCCAGCAAGCACUGAUUAUAUGUCCUCCAGCUAUCCAAGGAAUACCUACAAACCACAGCAAACCCACCAGUUUCUCCCUGAGGGUGGAUAAUGCAGUUCCACUGGUGACCCAAGCCCACGCAAUUCAGCCACUACAGAUUCGAGCAGGAAUCCUUUCUCAGCAGGCGUGGUCGAACCAGACGCAGCAGAUCCUGCUUCCCGCGUGGCAGCACGUAGCGCCAGUGGCAGCUCCAGCCACGUCUCUGGCCUCUGAUCCUGUGGCUGGCCCACAGAGGCUUGGAGACUGGGGGAAGAUGAUUACCCAGGGCACCCACUACAGCUCAAUGGUACCACAGCCUCUUCUAACACAUCAAAUAACCUUGUCUGCCCCCCAGCCUAUUAGUGUGGGCAUUGCACACGUUGUCUGGCCUCAGCCUGCAGCUACCAAGAGGAACAAACUGUGCCAGAACAGGAGCAACGCGCUACAAAACACCAACAUCCAAAAUUCUGCCUUCAUCUCUCCAAAGAUCCUCAACCUGAAGGCUGUCAAGAGAAUCAGUUGUAUAGAAGCGCAGGACAAUCUCAACUCGGAGGGCCGGGAGGGCGGCUGCUGCGAGGCGUCGGUCGGGCUGGCCCCUGCCCCCUCUGUCCCCAGCAGCGCACGGCAGGCGCUGUUCCUGGCCGGCUCCCCCAGCCCCGCCGUCAGCGUCAUCACCAUCAGCAGCGACACGGACGAGGACGACGUGGCGCGCACGCACUCGCUGAGGGAGUGUAAAGGGAGCCUGGAGUGUGAAGCCUGCCAGAACACCCUGAACAUCGACCGCGUGUGCUCUCUCAGCAGCCCCGACAGCACGCUCAGCACCAGCUCCUCGGAGCAGUCCAGCCCCUCUCCUUGCAAGAGGUCCAACAGUAUGUCAGAUGACGAACAGGAAAGUGGAUGUGAUACAGUGGAUGGCUCCCCAAGCUCAGACUCCUCAGGACACGACAGCCCCUUUGUGGAAAAUGGCUUUGUAGACAAUAACAAUAAAAAUAAAAAUAAGGAAGCAAGAGCCUCAGUUAACCCUGAAACCAAAUCAACUGUUUGCACAGUAGUGGUACCACCCAUGAGACUUGAAAACAGGUUACAUCUUGAGGAACAGAUGGCGAAUACAGUUGCUACGUGCCAGCCACUGAGAAAGGGUCGGUCUGUCCUGGGAAGAAUAAACCACUCUUCUGUGGUAGGAAACCGUCAGCAGAAACUGACAUCAGCAUUCCAUCAGCAGCAUGGAAACUUCAGUCAGGUCCAGCACUUCGGCUCGGGGCCGCAGGAGUGGAACGGGAACUUCGCCCCGCGGAGGCAGCAGCAGCAGCAGCCUUUCCUGGCGGCCGCCGUGGCCGGCCCCGCGUUCUCCCUGCCCCAGGGCAGCCCCAGCCACCUGCCGGGGAGCUCCCACCUGGGCGGGCAGCCCGCCAUCCUGCCCUACGCGUCGCCGGCGCCGCUGGGCGCCGCCGCGCCCGUCGCGCACCUCCUCGCCUCGCCCUGCGCCUCCAGACCUCUGUUGCAGCACCCGAGCUACAGCCUGAGCCACGCCGGCGGGAUGGUGCACCAAGUGCCGGUGGGCAUCAACCCCCGCCUGCUGCCCUCCCCCACCGUGCACCAGACUCAGUACAAGCCCGUCUUCGCGCCCCACUCGUACGUCGCCGCGUCGCCCGCCGCGUACGCGGGCUUCCCGCUGAGCCCCACGAAACUCAGCCAGUACCCGUUCAUGUGAGAGCUCGGCCUGCUGAGCGAGCUCGAGGACGCGGGAGUUCGGUUUAAGAAGGAACGUGGUGUUUAUUACGUAUUAGCCAUGGCACAACAGGAAAAUUAUUUUUUUUUUUGAAUCGUGUAGACUUGGGUGCAAUUUAAACAACUCUGAGCUUUAAGAAAAAACUCACUUUUAAUGUGUUUUGCACAUUUGGUAUAACUUGUCUUUGGUCAUGUUAUCUUCUUAUAUAGUAACUUUAGACAGGUGACUUAUGGGAGCAGAAAUCUGGUUUUGCUCCUGCUAUUUUUUAUAAAAUUGCCUUCUAACUAGUGCAAGACACGUCUACGUUUGGGAAGCCAUUCAGUGUACAGAACUAGAGCAACAGAUGCACAUGUGUCAGCAGUACAGUGUAGAAGUAACUCGUUUGUGUUGCAUAUCUUGGUGUUUAAAUGUUGAGUCACUUAUCUAAAAGUUGAGCUGUUGUUCUUCACAUUGCAUGUGUCUUUUGCAUGGGCGAAGGAAAGGCCUAAACAUUGCUCUUAAAUGUUGUUGUCCUAAUAAUCUCAGCUGCAUUGUAAACUGUUCCCACACAUAGUGCCUUAAAUAUUUGAGGUUGUUAAUGUUAUUACUUAUAUAUAAAUGUUGAGGACUGCAGCACUUAAAAAUUCAGAUCUGCUGAUUUUUUGAUAGCGUGAUGCUCAUUUUGGGUUUUGUGUGGUAUUAUUUUAGUAUUGGGUGUAUUUUCCUGAUUGAGAAGGCAGCAUCUUUUGCUGUAGCCGAAUUUUGCUGUCUUUCCCCCCGUUCCCCUCCCCCCCAGAAUGAUCUAGCUUCAAGACAGGACUUUAGUAGUGCUUAAGGAAAGCUGAUUCAGUAGCUAUUGAGUAGUGACACACAAGACAGUAUUUCAUACUGGUAAAUGGAACUGCAAUACAACCUGAGUAGUUUAUUUUAAAAGUGUUUGUCUAAUUGGAUAUAAUAAAAUGUUUAGAGGUGAGGUAGGCAUGACUGACUAGCUAAUGAAAGGACAAGCCAAGUGCUCAUUGAUCCAUGAUGUGGUUUCAUCUUAGCUUGAGCAAACCGUGCAGUAUUUAAUAACUAGUAGCAGAAUAUUUACUGUUGAAGCUUGAAAAAGAUGUGAGUUCUUUGUGUGCAAUCUUUCAUUUAUGCAUGGGAGAGAUUUUAAUCUUUUUACAUGAAUAGUAUUUGUUUUUAGCCUGUUGUGGGUGUUUGCUUAUUUAAUACAUUCCGUCAGGGACGUAAAUUACAUGCUUUUUGCAUCUUUUUUUUUUUUUUUUUUUUUUUCUCCUUAGGAAGUGUGUCUUUUUGUUUUUUUGUUCUGUUCGAAUGAAGUUGCUUUUGCAGCACCAAAGACUUAAUCAUCCAUUUCCUAUAAAAGGUAGCUACUUUUUCAUAGACCUCAAGUAUACUGUAGUGUAGAGAUGGGAUUUACAGAAGGUAUUAAGCUGAGGCUGUGUUUUAGCUUAUGGGCAAGUAAUAAAUUGUAUCAUUUAUCUUGAAUGUAUCAUAGAUAAGCUGCUAUAUAAUGAUUGCCACUUCAGAUAGCUGUGAAAUUAGGUGAUUAACUAGUUCUUUCUUAGCUUUCUAAUUUCUGUACAAGUCUAAUUACAUGAAAUAGAAGCUGGGUUUUGGGUUUGGUUUUUUUGUUUGGGUUGGUUUUUUUGUUUUGUUUUGUUUUUGUUUUUUUUUUAAAUUUUGUUUUCAUGUUUGAAGUGUCGUAACUACUAUACUGUAAAUGAUGGAAGAUGAUUGCAUAUGUUUUUAUUGGGGUGUGUUAUUUGCAUCAGUAUUUUAUCUCCAUUAACUUUGAGCUCAUCACUGCAUAUAAGUGGAUGUAUUAAUGUAACUUAAUUUUUUUAUGUUUUCAUAUUGGCAUUGUGUAGACACUUAAGAAGCUGCAUCUUGCAGGCUUGACUUAACUUUUUUUAAAACAAAAUCUGGAAUACAAUCCUUGCAACGUUGACUGGAAUAAGAGUGCAAAGCAUUUGAGUUUAACUCUGUCAAUAAGCUAAUAACUGGUAAUCUUUUUCUUUACUCCACUAACACAAGCAGUGUUUUAUUUAAUGAAUGUCUGAAUGAAAUAAAUGUGCCUACAUUUGAUUUAUUUUUUAAGUAAUAACUAAAAUACAACAGUAUUAGAUCAUAAAAAAAGAAAAUACCAGCAGUACAUUUUUAAUCACGCUGAAAAUUAAGAAACCUAACUUUUCCCAGAAGUUUCGAUGUUUUUAGUAAUCAACUCUAUGCAUUUUGUACAAGUGUGUGUGUAUAUAAAGUAUACAUUAGCAACUAGGAAUAUCCUGAUGAAUUUGAAAUCUUACCAACACUUAUGUAAAGCGUAAACAUAGGGAGUCAAAUUGGAUGUCCACCUUUACCACUUCCAACUCGUGCUGUGUGGUCCAGCAGGCAGUUUUCUGUUCACUCCCUUUUUUUGGUGCUCACUCCAUUGCAGGCAAUGGGACACACCAAGAACCACCAAUGCAAACGGAGCACAUCGAUUUUUUGUAUCGUGAUAACAAAAGGAAAAAAAAAAAAAAAAAAACCUGCUUUUUUUUCUUCUUCUUUUCCUGGGGCCAUGGGGAUCAUCAUGGGUCUGAUGUAUUUUCUGUACUGUCUUUUUACUGUGCUUAAGGUCUGGAGCUGACGUGCUUGUUAAAUCGACACUCUGUAUCACCACAGUAUCCUGCCAUAUGCAGGAAAAGGUUGCUGUAAAUGUGCCCCAAAUUAGAUCUGCUGCUCUUUCUAUGUGUUGUAAUCAUAGAAAUGUCUGCAUUUCAAAGAAUGAAAUAUUUGGGAUCCUGCCACAGCUUAAAUUCAACACACAGGGUGACUUUCCCCCCUCCUCCCACAAUAUACUCUGAGAGAACGGACUCCUGUCACUGCAAGUGUCUGGAGCCCAUCUGCAGAAAAAAAAAAAGCUUUCAGGGCGAGGGCUUUUUCUGUGAAAAUAUCAUCCUCUGAGAAGCAUUUUUACAUGAUACCAUUUUAAUGCCUUUUUUAAAUAAAACACUGCAUGACUAUGGAAUUGCAUAUCUGCAUCUUACUUUAAUUUGCAAGGUUUUAUAUGAAUUUCUUGUGUUCGGUUUUUAACUUCAGGGUGUUUUAUUGGUCAAAUAUGCUACUGUAUUAACUCUUUUGUUUUGUUUUAAUUUUUAAAUUUUCUGUUUUUACUGCUAAUUAACGUGGUUUGUGUUAAGUGAAAGUUAAAUCACACUGCAAGCUGUAGGAAGACUUGUUCUAGAAACACCCAGUAAUAGAGACUUGAUUAAUGAGGUUGAACUGUUACUGUUUAACAAUUUGUAGACUUGUGGCUUUUUUUUUUUUUUUCUUUUUUUGCUUUGGAUUUCUCUGCUACACUAGUUUGCCAUGUAGCAAUUGCACUGUGCAAUAUUACAAUAUGAGGACUGGGAAAAUUUUUUUAUGGAUGUAAUGUCUCUUACAGUUUGCGAUAGUAUUUCUUUCUAGUUCUCAGUGAUUUAAAUGUGACCAAGCCUUCUGUACUUUGUCACAAAAAGCGGGUUUUCCAGGUGACUAUUUUGGUGAGUGUCAAAAUAAGAAUUUAUGGUGUAUUACUGUCAAGAUUCACUUUGAAUUAAAAUAUAUAUUGCAGCAGAUGA